UCCUGCCUCUCCUCAUUCUCUUUUGUCUUCUCACCUCAAUUUCACUCCCUAACCCUGCUACCCUGCCAUGACACGACAAUCAGUCUCCCUUGAGUCAUCCUUACUUCCCCCCGACGUCCCCUAUCACUCUGACGUCUUUCCCUCUUCCUCCCCCCAGCUCUGACGGACGCGGUCCUCUCACCCCACUGAACCCUCCUCCUUUAUAAAGGGAUUUUCCUCUUUUUAAUCCGCGAGACCCCCGUGGCAGCCUCAGCACUCGGCGCACCGUCGGCACCGCGGGGCAGGAGCCGAUCCUCCCUUCGCUCCUUCCCUCCUCCCGCCAGCGGGAAAGCCCCGGGCAGGGACAAAGCCCCGGGCAGGGACAAAGCCCCCGGCGGCUCGGUCCCGACACCGCCCCGCGGGAUGGGCGGCCGUGCCCCGCGGGCUGCGGGGCGGCGCGGCGGCGGAGCGCAGAGGUCUUAAUGAAAUAGCAAUAAAAGAAACAGUUGGGACUUCAUCAUGGCUUUCCAUGUGGAGGGACUGGUGGCCAUAGUUGUCUUCUACCUGGCAAUCCUGGCAGUAGGGAUAUGGGCUGCUUGGAAAACCAAGAACACCAGCAGCGAAGGAGAUCGCAGCGAAGCUAUUAUAGUCGGUGGAAGAGACAUUGGUUUGCUAGUUGGUGGAUUUACAAUGACAGCCACAUGGGUUGGAGGAGGUUACAUCAAUGGGACAGCAGAAGCUGUGUACGUCCCAGACUAUGGUCUAGCUUGGGCUCAGGCUCCUAUUGGAUAUGCCCUUAGCCUGGUUUUAGGUGGCCUUUUUUUUGCAAAACCCAUGCGAUCCAAAGGCUAUGUGACAAUGCUGGACCCUUUUCAGCAGCUUUAUGGAAAAAGGAUGGGAGGACUACUGUUUAUUCCAGCUUUAAUGGGAGAAAUGUUUUGGGCUGCUGCCAUCUUCUCUGCCUUAGGUGCGACUAUAAGUGUGAUCAUUGACAUUAAUGUCAAUAUUUCAGUCAUUAUUUCUGCCCUGAUUGCCACUAUGUACACACUUGUGGGCGGGCUUUAUUCUGUGGCCUACACUGACGUAGUUCAGCUCUUCUGCAUCUUCUUGGGACUGUGGAUCAGUGUCCCCUUUGCUAUGUCCCAUCCUGCAGUAACUGACAUUGGGAUCACAGCUGUGCACCAUGUGUACCAAGCACCUUGGCUUGGAUCUAUCAACUCACUUGACAUUUACACAUGGUUGGACAAUUUCUUUUUACUGACAUUAGGAGGAAUUCCAUGGCAAGCAUAUUUCCAGAGAGUUCUUUCCUCGUCUUCUGCCACAUAUGCUCAAGUUCUGUCAUUCCUGGCUGCUUUUGGCUGUCUUGUGAUGGCUAUUCCUGCAGUAAUGAUUGGUGCAAUUGGAGCAUCUACAGCUUGGAACCAGACUGAAUAUGGUGUCCCUGACCCCAAGAGCAAAAAAGAAGCAGAUAUGAUUUUGCCCAUUGUGCUGCAGUACCUUUGCCCAGUCUAUAUCUCAUUCUUUGGCCUCGGUGCUGUAUCUGCUGCUGUGAUGUCCUCAGCUGACUCUUCAAUUUUAUCAGCAAGUUCUAUGUUCGCUCGGAACAUUUACCAGCUUUCCUUUCGGCAAAAUGCUUCUGACAGGGAAAUUGUGUGGGUCAUAAGAAUCACUGUUCUUCUGUUUGGAGCAUCAGCAACAGCAAUGGCACUGCUGGCUUCGUCAGUGUACGGCCUCUGGUACCUCAGCUCUGACCUGGUUUAUAUCAUCAUCUUCCCCCAGCUGCUGUGUGUGUUAUUUAUUAAAGGAACCAACACCUAUGGUGCCAUUGCAGGAUACCUGUUUGGCCUUGUCCUCAGGAUAACCGGAGGAGAGCCGUACCUCUACCUUCAGCCCUUGAUCUUCUACCCUGGCUGGUACCAAGAUGAUAACAAUCUCUACAUCCAGAGAUUCCCAUUCAAAACACUUGCUAUGCUCACCUCCUUCUUUACUAAUGUCAUAGUCUCCUACUUAGCCAAAUACUUAUUUGAAAGUGGGACUUUGCCACCAAAGCUGGACUUUCUGGAUGCUGUUGUUGCCAGAUACAGUAGAGAACACAUGGACAAAGCGACUCUUGUAAAAAGUGACAAUAUUGUAUUAAAUGAACUUGCACCUGUGAAUCCACGACACAGUCUAUCUUUGAGCUCAACUUUCACAAACAAGGAAGCCUUCAACUACGUUGAUUCGAGUCCAGAACUGUCCAACACUGAAGAUAAUUAAAAAAUAUUGUAGCCACAGGCAAAACAAUGAGAAGCAAGAUAUUCUACAAAGAAUAGUAAGAAGCAUUUUAUCAGAAGGAAAGCAAGAAUUGGGAAUAAAAUGCCACUGCACAUUCUUUAAGUUGUUUCUAGGAGCAGGAGCAUCCCAUGGGAGGAACUCUUUUCUGCUGUUAUCUAAUAUGUUGGAUCAGAUCACAGAGUGUUUGCUAAAGUAUACACACAAUCUCAUUCCUUCCAUCCAGAGCUAUAUAUUGUACAAUUUUUUAAAAUAUUUAAAGUUUAAGAUACAUGUAGAAGAAAAUGUGCAGCAGUUCUUAGCUAGGAUAUCAUAUGAAGAGAUUAUAAUACAGUAAAUCUGAAAUACUAUCACUCAGCAUUUCAUUGGCAUUAAGUGAAAAUAUAUUGCCACAGCUAUAAGUGAUUUAUUACUAAAGAGCUAGUUGCUUGAGCAAAGACAGAUAGAUAACUUCCCUGGGGUUUUGGUCUGUUAUUUUUUUCUUCAUAAAGAAAUUUGAAUAAUACAAGCUAGUAUUUUAUUAUUUGUAUGAGACAGCAAAGUGCGCAAAUAGUAAUAAAUUCCUUUUAGGAGUGCCAAACAUGAUAUAUUAAUCUUUAAAAGUUAAAAUUAAGUCACCAGUUUAAAAUUGUUAUACCUGAUGUAAGACAACCUUAAGCAAAAUAUGUUAAUAUAGGUGUUCUCUUUCUUUUCCUGUGGUUAGUGACUGUCAGCAAAAUUCUUAGAGCAAUAACGAGUUGAAAUUCAGCUUGUGAAAAAUGGCUCUUACAGAAAAGCUCAUAAACUAGAGAGAACUUUUCAGUGUUGGCAGAAGAAGCCUUAUCUUGACUUAUCAUCAAAAUUAACACAAGCAAAGCAGUCUGACACCAAGCAACUUCACCAAUGGAAUAAAUACUGAAAAGUAAAGAGAAACAAAAGGGCUUGAAAAGAGAGAUAAGAGGGUUUUCCUUGCAGAAAAUUCCCAGUUUUCACUUAUUAAAAAAAAAAGCUAUUCUUAAAGAUACUGAAAAAUCUUUUGGCUUGGUCAUGCUGGAAUUACUCUGGAAAUUUCAGAUUUUCCACAGAAAAUAAUAUUUCCUCAAAAAAAAAAAAAAUAGGCUUAGUGGGCAGCGUUCCACAUCUCUAAGUGUUUGCCCCUGAAAGCAGCUUGGAGAGGAACUGAAAGGAAUGAUGAACCCACAAACAUAGCGAGAGGCACAGUGGUGUCUUCCACUGAGUGCUGGACUCCCUCCUUGCCCCCUGUCCUGGCCAUCCCAGGGAGCCUGCAGAUCAGCAGCAGUGCCAGGUGCAGACACGACUUGGCUCAGGAAUGGCAGUGCUGGCCCCAAGCAGCAAAGGGGGGAGAUGAGGCCUCUGCUGAGGUUGCCUGGGCCAGCAGGAACACGCAGUGUGGUUCCCACUUGCCCACGGCCAAGAUGAUUGUGUGUGUCCCCAUGGGUACGUGCCUUUCUCAGCGUCAGCUCGAGUAGCGGCAUUGCUCUACAAUUGAGAGUUAUGCUCCAAUAAUUCUUUUUACAAUCUGUGUAUUCUGUUGAAAUCCAGAUAUCCUCCUGUUGCUGGUCACCAGUGAAAUUUCUCUUUUUAACGCUCACAGCAUGAGGAGUUGUACUGGAGGAUAGGAGAUGCAAAAUAGGUUUUGCUGCUAAAGGAAGAAGCCAUCAACUUGUACAUUCAGUGUUGACAUAAGCUUUCACAAGGCUGAAUCCGUAGAUAUGUUUUGCUCCUUUUGUGGAGUCUUAAGAGAAGAUAUAUAUAUUUAUUAUGUAGAAAAAAUUAAUUUCAGAGAUGUUGAUUUUUUUUUCUCUUUACACUGCAUUUAAAAAUAACAUUGCCACUCAGUUCUGAAUACACAUUGUGACCUGCAGUACUACUGUGCUUAUCAAUAUGGAGUGUGCUCUGGGUGAAGGGAAUCAAACCAAGGACCUGCACUAAAUACUCAGAAGAGCCAAUAUAGAAAAGAAAUUAAAAGUUUCUGCAAGGUGAGGGAAUAGGCCACCAGUGAAAUUCAGGAUGCUGAGUAUCACAAACCAAACAUGAACCCAGCAGAAUUAAUUUCCCCAUGAA